GCAAGAUGACCUGACAGGUGAAAGAUCGGAAAGGUUAUAAUAACAACGAACAGCUGAGCCUGAGUGAAGUUAGGCCCAUGACAUAAUUUUGCAGAAGAAGUUAGUCAGGGUGCAGAUUUCAUGGAACAGACCAACAAAGAAUAAAGAAUAAUAAAUAUCUAGGUUGGUUAGAAUUAUGUUUUGGACUGUAAUUGCUGGUGGCAGUAGCAUCAUUUUUCUGUGGCAGUUUAUCAAGCCACAACCAAAACCAAUAGAUGGUGUUUACAGACAACCAGGGAAAUGGUAUCAUGUGAAGAAGUUUAUAUUUAUGCUCCUUUUGAAACGAAAUCGAUGGAAGAACAAGAAAAAGAAAGCAGUUGAUGGUAAUAGUUACAGUAGUCGUGGUUACGGAAUGGGAAUAAAUGAUAUCCAUGUGUUAGAAAAAGUCCAGGAAUUAGAAAAAGAUCCAUAUGCAAUAGAUGCUGUUUACUACGGUGGUUUCAGCAAAGAAGGAACAAGAUUAGCAUUACGUAUAGGUAGGAGGCACAAUCGUCAAUCAGAAGUUUGGUUAGUUCUGGAGAUUCCUGGGAUAGGUCGGCUACAGCAUCCAUUACAUCCUGACACCCUGGUCAGUAAUGUCAGUAACAAUGAAUAUACCGCUGGUGGAGUCAAGAUAGAAAUGGUUGAACCAAUGAAGAAAUGGAAAAUAUCUUAUAAUGGCCAGCUUAGGUUUGAAGGUACAGAAAGAUUAGUUCAUGUACAGAUGUCAUUAAUAUGGCAAACAGUGUCUGAUCCAUUCAGUUUUGAUACAGAUAUGAACCAAUCAGCCUUAGCUGAUGCUGUUUCCAGGGAACUAUGGACCAAACAGUUUUGGGAUGCAUUAAGAAGUAAACAUCAGACACAUUAUGAACUGUGGGGAGAGUUGCGUGGUAAAGUGAAGGUUGAUGGAUUUGAUGAGAAAUUUGUCACAUUAACAACAAUCAGGGAUCAUUCAUUUGGUGUAAGAGAUUGGAGAACAUUUUACAGAUAUGCCAUCCAUUUCAUAUAUCUUGAGAACGGCACAAUGAUACAGGUUGGAGUUGUCAGUCAACCAGCAGCUUUGUCGCAUGUAAAGAUAGGCUAUUUAGUCCAUUCGAAUGGUGCUUUUCAUUCAGUGUCUGACAUUGACCUUAAGCUAUGGGAGGUAGCUCCUCCAGAGGGACCAAAAAAUAAUUUUACUUUCAACUUUUAUGCAAAUGGAAAGAAAUACACUACAGAAGUAUUUGGAGAAUGGACACCUAUAUGGUAUCACCAUGAAGACAGAGGAAGUAAAGUUUAUGAGAAGUUUUGUAGAUAUAAGAUUAAUGGAAUAAAUGGAUAUGGUUUAGUUGAAUUUCAUUAUAGAAAUCCAGAUGGAACUCCAUACUUACCAAUAGAAUCUGUGCCAAUGUUAGAUGAGCCUGCUGAAGAUAUGGUCAGAAAUGAGAUUAUGGACUUGACCUUGACCUUUCAAGAGAAAGGCUGUUGUAGUAGUCAACUAGUUGGUGGAAAAGGAGCACAGCUUGGUCUUCUUACUUCUAUACAGAACCAGGUGAAUGUAAUAGUACCAAAAGGAUUUUGUGUUUCACUGGCAGCAUUUAAUAGACAGCUUCAGAUUAACCAAGAUAUAAGCCAAUCAGUAGACAAAAUCAUUGCUAUAUUAAGGGAUGGUUGCCAUGACAACUUAAAGAGUGCAUGUUCAGAUACAGUCGAAAUGAUAGCAACAAAAGCAAUAUGUUCUGAUGUUGCCACUGCAAUUACACAAAUGUUGAAAACAGUUUUUGUGGAUGCUGAUAAAACCUAUGUUGCCAUCAGAUCCUCUGCUUCAGGUGAGGAUGGAACAGAGGCUUCAUCUGCAGGUCAAAUGGAAACUUAUCUAGGUGUCAGAGGAGAGAAAGAGGUAAUUGAUGCAGUGAGAAAGUGCUGGGCUUCAGGGUUUACUUAUCAAGCAGUUCAGUAUAGAAGAAUGAAUGGACAACACAUCAAAGUGUGUGUAGGUGUUGUUAUACAAGAAAUGGUCCAAUCAGAAGUGUCUGGUGUUUUGUUCACAAACAAUCCUGUAACAGGCUCAGCCAAUCAGAUUACUUUGAAUGCAUCAUAUGGAUUAGGAGAGACUGUUGUAUCAGGAAAGACAACUCCUGACAGUAUUUUUGUAAAUAGAUCCUGGGACAAUCAGUUGAGCAUAGCCGAGAAAUCAUUGGGAGAAAAGCAAGUAGCUAUGUCUAUCAAAGAUGGUGGAGGAGUGACAGAAGAUAAGAUUGAUAAAAAGAAUACAUAUUGUAUGACAGAUGAACAAAUAUAUCAACUGUGUCAUAAAGCUAUACAGAUUGAGAAUUAUUUUGGUAGUCCUAGAGAUAUAGAAUGGGCGAUGUUUGGUGGAGAUUUCUAUUUGCUGCAGGCAAGACCCAUUACUGCCAUGGAUCACGAGACACACGAAGAUAUGUUGCAUGAGUUUGAUGAUCCCUUGGUUACUUGUAGGGAAUUUUUGACAACUGGAAAUAUCGGAGAGAUGAUGCCAGGGGCAGUUACUCCACUCACUAACUCAUUAUUUAAACCAGCUAUUAACAUUGCAUUAUUGAGGUAUGCUGAGAUAAUGGCUGAGGGUCCACACCUAAAUCAUCCUGACAACAUUGUACUGUCAUGUUGUGGAACCAUGUUUAUCAAUAUGACUAUGGUGGAUACAAUGGCCACUAACAACAUUAUUGGUAAGAAGGAUGCAGCCGAGUUAAAUCUUAUUGGUCAGUCAGUGGAUGACCUUUCAUAUCAGGAUGUGGUAGACUAUAGUGGUGGUGUUCCCUCAUUUUGGAGGAGACUGAGGACAUUUUUAUCUUCAUUCUCAAAAUAUAAGGAGAGGACAGAUGUAUGUGAAUCCUGGUAUGAAAAGGUUAAGACAUAUAAGAUAGGUGAAGGUCAGACUUCAUGUGCUGGAUUCUAUACAGACUUGAACAGUAGGAUCAAAGAUUAUUAUGAGAUAUGGGAGACAUCUAUGAUUAAAAGUGGUCAGUCAGGAACCUGGGCUGCUGUUGUAGUAGGAAUAUUACUACAAGGCAAAACAGAAUACACAACAGAGGUGUGUGCUGAUGUGGCAUUAUUAUUGUCUAAGUGUGAUGAAGUAUACAGUGCAGAAGUUCCUAUUGCUAUACAGAAUUUAGCAAAAGAAAUAGAUAAUGCAGGAUGUAAUGAAAAGUUCCUGUCAAGUAACUCGGAGGAAUGUGUUGACUUGAUAAAAAGUGGUGAUUACCCAAGUGUAAAAUCAUCAUUUGAUACCUUUAUGGAACAUCAUGGCCACAGAUAUGUUAAAGAGGCAAAGUUUUAUGAAAGGUCAUGGCGAUCACAACCAGAAAAGCUUGUAAAGUCGCUAAAGGUUGUAUUGAAGAACAAACUGUACAGCCAGAAACCAAGAAAGUCAUUAAGCUGUGAUGAAGCUAUAGCACAAAUCAAAACCCCAUUACCUUGGAUGGCUAAAAAAAUACUCAGAUCAUUUUUACCAAAAGCAAGAAAAGCUGUUGGUCAAAGAGAAUGGGGCAAGUCUUUAAGUAUUAAAGUUGCAGAUAAGUUUAAAGAAGCUUAUUGGACAUUAGCUGAGAUGAUGGUCAAAGAAGGCAGACUUCCAGAGAGGGAAUUAUUGUUCUUUAUGACUCAUACAGAAAUAGGAAAACUAAUAGAAACCAGAUCUCCUAAACUCAUUUCUAAAUCUGUAAGAAGAAAAAAAUUGUUUCCCACACAGAUGGAGCUCAAAUUUCACAAAAUGAAUGUAGGCAAACCUGUUCCUAUGCAAAAUGAAGAUCUAUCUGCUCAAAGAACAGCAACAUUUUCCCUGAAAGGCAUGCCUGUAUGUCAUGGUGUUAUUACUGGUGUGUGUAGAGUUGUGAAAAGUCUUCCAGAAGCUGAUGACAUCCAGGCUGGUGAUAUACUGAUAGUGUUGUAUACAGAUAUUGGUUGGUCCCCAUAUUUUCCAUUGAUCUCAGGACUGGUCACAGAAAUUGGUGGACUUGUGUCACAUGGAGCAGUUGUAGCCAGAGAAUUUGGUUUACCGUGCAUAGUUAAUGUACCUAAUGCAACUAAUAUGUUUCAGUCAGGAGAUCAUGUUCGUUUGGAUGGACAAGCUGGAUCAAUUGAAAGACUUGACAACUGAACACAUAUGAUUUUAUAGAUGCCCUAACAGACUGCACACAAUUAAACUACUGCAUUUUAAAUUUUGUUGGUGAAUUAUAUAGUGAAAAAUUACAAGUGAAAAAUAGAUAUGGCUGUGCACUGUAAAUGUAUGCAUUAAUUUUGUACAAAUAUUUAUUCAAGAGUUCAGUAAGCAUCUGAAACUUUUUGUAAAUCCUUAUAUUUUUAAUUAGAAAUCCAACUGUUAUUAUCUUCCUUGAAAACUGUUAGAGAUAAGCUUAUAACAGUAGAUAUAAAUGGACAUUUUAAUAGCAAGUACUAGUCAAUUUGUAUUUUGCAAAAUUAAUUUUAAAAGUGCCAUAUAAUUGAUAUGUAUACCCACCAAAGAAGGUAUUAUUAUUUUGUUAUUUAUCAAUGAUAAUUUUUUAAAUAUUAAAUAUUUUUUGGUACAUUUAUAUUUUAUACAAAACCAAUUUUUAAAUGAAAAGUAGUUCAGUAAAUGUCACCAGUGAACAACUUUAAAGGAUAACAUUUUUCAAUAUAUACUUUUUAAGACAGAAAUUAAUAUGUUCAUUAAACCAUCUCAAGUUAAUGUUAAGUGUUUUUUUGAAAGAAAACAUAGAAUCAAACAGGCAAAAUAAUUGCCAUUACAGGCAAUUCAUGAUUCUGAAUUUUAAACCAUUCAUAAAGAUCCUCAUUGAGUUCUGAUUGGAUGUCAUGAAGGUCAGCAAUGACACCAUUUAGGUUCUCAUUGACCCCUAUUUGAAAUCACAUGUUCAUCUUCUUGUGAGAAGUAACUGGAUGAGUCAGAUAUUAAACAAGAAAGCAAAUAAUCAAUAGAGGUUAGUUUUAUAAGUUCUACAUUUUGUUUUUGAUUGGUUAUUAAAUAAGGAAAUAGGAGAUUCCCUAUUGAUUGGUUAGAUAUUUAUGAAUUUCACUAAAACUUAAAUCCAAAUCUUUUCAAGCUUGGGAAAAUGAUGAUUUUAAAAAGACACAUUUUUAUGCCCCCGGCGUAGUGGAGGGGGCAUUAAGUUUUACCCUUGUCCGUCUGUAAGUCCUUCCGUCUGUACAUCCCAAAAUUGGUUUCCGUUCUCUAACUUUAGUUUGCCUCUACCAAAUGUUAUGAAACUUAUACACAAUGCUUAUUACCACAAAACACAGAUCAAGUUUAAGUUUUUGGUGGCGUCACUUUUACCAUUCUAGAGUUAUGUUUUCGUUUCUGUUUGCAUCAACCAAAUGUUAUGAAACUUACACACAAUGCUUAUUACCACAAAACUGGGAUCAAAUUCGAAUUUUGGUACCGUUACUUUUACCUUCUUGAGUUAUGUCCCUUGAUAAUGUUGUAUGCAAGCAGGGGCAUCAUCUGUAUCCCAUGGACACAUUCCCCAUUUACUUAUUGUAUGUGAUUCAGUGGCAAUAAUGCCAUGUAUGUUCCUGUUAAGCCUUUUCCAAAAAAAAAAUAUAAAUGAAUAAAUAGAAAAUAAAACUUUUCUCUCUUAUCUGAGACACUUGUUGUUCAAUGUUUUAAAUUUACCUUUUUAUCAAGCAGCACAUGCUUCUCAUUUAUAAAUGCUGUAAAAAAUCUAUAUAUCAUUGUAAACAAAACUUAAGUAUAGUGUGUCGUUUACUGUAAUAAUUAGAUUCUAGAUGUAUAGGUUUUACUUUACUCAAAAUAUAAAAUGUAGGUUGUAUUUUAAAAUAGUUUUACUUAUAUACAUGACUACUAACUUGUGAUAUACACUGUCUUAUUUUUACUGAUUUAUUUGAUAAAGCCAGUUUUAUUAAAAAAGCUAAUUAAUUUAA